GUUGCUACAAAUAAAAACACGGCGCUCCCACCCAGGAGCAUCACAGAGAGACUGACCGCCACUGCGCUGAACAACCGGACCGUGAAACCUAAGACCGAAAGUGCCACCAUGAUCGCCCUGAGCAGCAAGUCCCUCCUGGUGGCCGUCGUCGUGCUCGCCGCCAUGUGCAGCCUCGCUGCCGCCCAGUUGGGCUACGGCGGCGGAUUUAACCGCGGCUACGGCGGUGGCUUCAACCGCGGAUACGGGGGAGGCUACGGCGGUGGCUUCAACCGCGGAUAUGGAGGAGGCUAUGGUGGAGGCUUCAACCGCGGAUACGGAGGAGGCUACGGCGGAGGCUUUGGCCGUUAAUUCGGCAAGAACUCGUGAAUGCGAUCGCAUGGUUUGCGCCCCUGACAGAAGUUGGGCAACGCGGGAAGUACCGACGACGCGCAUGUCUGCAAUACUGGAGAAGCCAAUAAACUUGUUUGCCAAUGCUGUUCGAGACGAUAAGAA